AUGGCUGGUCCCGGUGGUGGUCCCCCUCGUCGGAGCCAUACCAAAUCCCGAAAGGGGUGUGAUACUUGUAAGCGCCGCCAUAUCAGGUGUGACGAGAACUUCCCCCAAUGCCGCAACUGCACCAAGCACAAGAUCCGCUGCCCCUAUAACGACAUCACGGUCGCCGAGGACAGGGCUGGUUCUCCUGAUAAGCCAGACCUGAUGUGGACGCCUGAGAUUGAGGCCGAAAUCGAGCAAUGGCAGCGCACGGGCAUGUUUCCUUUCCCGAGCCUGGGCGUCUAUCCUGCGCCCGCGCCCGAGCACCUGACCCUCGAGGACCUGAGGUUGAUCCAUCAUGUUGCUUCCAUCAGCAAUCAAAUGCAAGAGAUGGGUGCCAGCGACUUCACCCUCUGGACGCGACAGAUCCCAACGAUCAUCAGGAUUGGUGCCACUCACCGUUACGUCUUGCAUGCGCUGCUGGCCUUCUCUGCCAUGCAUGUUGCAUACCUGACCGACUGCCCAUUGGUUGGGAACAUGGCAUAUGAGCAUCGGGGAAUUGCUCUGAAAGGCCUUCAGGAGGCCAUCGGUACUUUUUCCAGGGAGACUUCUGACGCUAUCCUCGCUGCAUCCCUGGUCCUCUCAUGGCAAGCCACAGAUUGGAAGAGCUGGACCCAGCUGAUGCAAGGAACCUCAUCCGUUAUUGAGGCCAUGGAACCCUGGAAACACGAGUCGCAGUUCGGCGAUUUCAUUGCCGAGAGCUGCACAUUUCCAACUGCUCCUCCUUCUCCCACUCCGGACCACAAGCCUAGGGAGCCUCGCGAGGACGAUAUGGAGGCUUUCCAGCGUGCUCUGCAGCAGCUCCAGAAGCUCGAAGCGUACCUCAAGAAAAACCGCUUGGACACGAAGCCGGCCGCUCAGCUGAUCACUUUCAUGAAGGGUUCUCGCAAAGUCACUUCAGCCCUGCCAGUAUGUAAGCAGUUUGAACGUCUGCGGCCUCUGCGCACCUGGCUCUUCUGGCUGCCAGUGAUGCACCUGCAGCGAACCCAUGGAUCACCAAGCGCCUUGGUCCUCAUUGCCCACUAUUACACGGCAGCCCUGCUGAUGGAGCGUCUCUUCCCCGAGAUCGGUGCCGCGUAUUUUGGGAGCAUGACCAUUGGCCCGGUUGAGGCGAUUGCCCGCCGUCUGUUUGCGUUGCAUGGCUCAGGACAGCUGGAGGAGGAUCUUCAAACGCCAUUGACUCUCAUGGAAUUCCCCAUUGACACUGUCAAUGAGUUCCGCUCGCGGAUGGGAUGGACUCAGCCUGUGCGCACACCCUCGUUUCCCACGUUCGACCCGCCCAAUUUCUACAUGAACGAGGGCUCGCCAUUGGUGAUGCCGGCGGCCAUGUCUUCUGAGUACCUGCCCUACGGAGACAACCUGGCCUUCAGCUACAGCACUGAGGAUCUGUCCGUGCCUCCCGAGACCGGUCCGAGCAGCGCCAUCAGCCCGCUUCAGCUGUCGUCGCCUUUUACCAAUCCACAAUAUCUGAGCAUUCCCAGCCCGUCGUACGGGGGUUAUAGUCCUGCCUCGAGCACGUAUGGCGACUUCGGCGACGCGUCUCCGGCUGUGUACAGCGACACUGAAGACUCGGGUCCAUAUGGCGCUGGUUACGCCGCCACCUCACCCAUGCUGGGCAGUGCCAGCCCUUAUGGUGUCGGGUUCGUUCCUCCAAUCCAGACCGUGUGGACUUGA